AUGCAAAAGACUCUUCAUCUUCGCUUGUUGUUCUCUUCUGUAGCAGAUAAAUUCUUGCUCGAAAAUGGGGGCAAGCGCAAGAAAAAAGCAAUAGAUCAUGUUGAAGAUGAUUCAUCAGAAGAGGGGAAAUCUGCCAUGUGGUCUAACUCUUUGUGUCCUCUGUCCCAAGCAAAACGAGUCAAGCUGGUGGAUGACAUGAAGCCUGCAUAUUCACAACUAGUUGCCGAUGCCACUGCGUCCGCCACAGCAAAAGUCAAACAACAAGUAAAAUCCAUCAAGACGUGUAAAACACAGGAAUCCAACACUGUGGAUGAGGCACAAUGUGGAGACUCGAAGAGAUCUCAUAAGGGCUGGGUGUGGGUUGAAGAACGGCCAGAAUCUAAUGAUUUACUGCCCAAAGACAAUCAGCACGUUCAAAGUCAGGUUGAAACCUCCUCACGCCGGACACGAUCAGGAAGAGCAAUUGGAUAG